UGUGGCCGGCUGGGCGGCGAUGAAGCGGAGCGGCUCGGGCGCGGUGGCCGCGGGCCCCUGGGAGGCGUGUUUCCAGGCGGCCGUGCAGCUGGCGCUGCGGGCCGGACAGGUGUCUGAAAAUGGCUCUGCAGGUCCCCUAGAUGGGCGCCGGGGCUGUAGCCGCAGGACAGCAGAUCAUCAGGAAAGCCCUUUCUGAGGAAAAACAGGUCUCCACCAAAACAUCUGCUGCCGACCUGGUGACAGAAACAGAUCACCUUGUGGAAGACUUAAUCAUUUCUGAGCUGCAGAAUAAAUUUCCUUCACACAGGUUCAUUGCAGAAGAAGCUGCAGCCACGGGGGCCAAGUGCGUGCUCACCCCCGACCCCACCUGGAUUGUGGACCCCAUUGACGGCACCUGCAACUUUGUGCACAGGUUCCCAACCGUGGCUGUGAGCAUUGGCUUUGCCGUGAACCAAGAGCUGGAGUUUGGUGUGAUUUACCACUGCACUGAGGAGCGACUGUACACGGGCCGGCGGGGCCAGGGCGCCUUCUGCAAUGGCCAGCGGCUGCAGGUCUCCAGGGAGACAGACCUCUCGAAGGCCUUGGUGCUGACAGAAAUCGGCCCCAAGCGCGACCCCGCGACCCUGAAGCUGUUCCUGAGCAACAUGGAGCGGCUACUGCACGCCAGAGCACACGGGGUCCGAGUGAUUGGCAGCUCCACGCUGGCGCUCUGCCUCCUGGCCUCUGGGGCGGCGGACGCCUAUUACCAGUUCGGGUUGCACUGCUGGGACCUGGCCGCCGCCACGGUCAUCAUCAGAGAAGCCGGCGGCGUUGUGAUGGACACUUCAGGUGGACCCUUCGACCUCAUGUCCUGCAGAGUGGUGGCAGCUGGCACCCAGGAGUUGGCGUCACUCAUAGCUCAGGCCCUACAGACGAUUCACUAUGGGCGGGAUGAUGACCAGUGACAAGGGAACGGACCAGACAAACGCCAGAGCACCUGGGCGCAGCAGGAGGCACCCAAGCAGCCCGAGGUCCACCCGAGGCCCGCCCGGUGCCCACAGAGCCCAGCACUCCCGCCUGGGGCUCCGCGUCGUGCCAACUCUUCCUCUUGGGUCUGCUCUCUGUCAUCGCAUGCAGCCUUCAGCAGGUUGUUUGAAAUUGUUCUGUGAGGGCCCAAACCCAAAUCUCAGA